GCAAAGAAGCAGCUCAGCAAUUCUACACAUGACAAACUCAGCUGCCCCUUACAUGACCAUGGAUGCAAAAUCGGAGGAACGACCUGACGGAGCCAAGUAUCAGCUUUUGGAUCUUCCUUGGGAGGAUGUCCUGGUGGCACACGUGUUGUGCUACUUACCUUUGCGGCAUCUGCUCAGCCUGCAGUGUGUGAGCAAGAGCUUCCGUUCACUGGUCCAGGUUUACCUGGCCAACUGCCGUACAUUUGACCCUGCCCAGACGGGUCCUUGUAUCCCGAAAGAAGCCUUCUGCUCCAUGCUCCGUGACAACACCGUCCUCCACACCCUAUCUGUCCACCGCUGCUCCGACUGGAUCACGGACAAGGAGCUGCUGCCCGUGGUGGGCCAGAACCAGCAGCUGCGGAGGGUGGACCUGCGGGGUUGCGUCCAGCUCACCCGCCAUGCCUUGGUGGCACUGGCACUGGGUUGCCCGCGCCUUCAGCACCUGUGUCUGGCACACUGUGAGUGGGUGGACGGCCUGGCGCUGCGGAGCCUGGCUGACCGCUGUGCCCACAUGCGCUCCCUGGACCUCACCGCCUGCCGCCAGGUGCGCGACGAGGCUGUGGGCUACGCGGCAGCUCGGUGGCCCGGCUUGCGCUCGCUCUCCGUGGCCGUGAAUGCCAACAUCACGGACACUGCCGUAGAAGAGGUGGCCAAGCGCUGCAGGGAGCUGGAGCACCUCGACCUGACAGGUUGCCUGCGAGUGCGGAAUGAAGCCAUCAGGACCGUAGCUGAAUACUGCCCUAAACUGCAGUCUCUAAAGGUGAAUCACUGUCACAAUGUUAGCGAGUCCAGCCUGGGUGUGCUACGAAGGAGGAAUGUAGAGAUCGAUGUGGAGCCACCCCUCCAGAGGGCGCUAGUGUUGCUUCAGGAUGUGUUCCUCUCCGCAGACAGUCAUCAGGAUAUAACUGGUCAUGCAGGAGAUUUUCUAGGAUAUAUGGUACACAUGACCCCUGGAUCAGUCUAGCUGAAAAGAGGUAUUCCAUUCAUCGUGGACCAAUUCCUUUUGCUGGCACAGUGCAUGAAGAAUGUACAUUGUUUCAAGAAACCUGAGUGUGAUACAACAGUGUGAUAUGGAAAAGUCCAACUUCAGUCCUGGGGUAUUGGGAAGUUGUGGGGAGGGGUGUAGGGUGGUCCAGACAAGUUUAACUUCUUGGAGGGCCUAAUAAUUGGAUGUUGGAUGUUUAAUGAAAACACUAAACCAUUAAGUGCUGUAACCGUCCAGAUCUGGAAACUCGCAAAGCUGUUUUAGAAGAAUUCAUCUUUCAUUUUUCCAGAGUUUCUGAACAUUGACCUGAUCUGUCAUACUUGAGAUGCGCAUGUGUAAAUGUAAGGUUGUUAUAGCAGUGAGACUGUCAUUUGUAGUAUCUCUGACUGUCCUCUGGAGGAGCACUUAAUUUUUUUUUUACUUUGUGGUGAACAGAAGGUUCUAUCUAAUUUUGCACUUAUGAGAGAUGGAAGAAAGCCAGUUCCGCUUUUAGAGUGUCUGUUUGGCCUGUGCAGAGGUGUGUCCAUUUGUGUGUGUCAUGCCUUAUUGAACAAAGAUGACUGUCCUAUUGUGAGGGUACAUAUGUACAUGUUGUCAUUAAACACCAAAAGCAUCUGUUAUUUCUACAAACCCAUCUAUCACUUUAUAGCUUAAUCGUAGCUUUCAGAAAUUGUGAGCAGACCUAGUUUCUGGGUUAACUGCAUUCUGACCUCAUAAGAAUGAUUAUUCCUUUGACCCAGUUAGCUGAGUAUGGAAGGGGUGUAAGUAUUCAGUCCUGAAGUUUGAUCUUUAUAGCUUUCAUUUAAGUCCCAAAGCUUUGUUGUAAAUUGUAUUGAAGUGGAUUAUGUAUACAUGUAUACACACUCUCACACACACACACACACACACACACACAUUACCAGUCAAAAGUUGGACACACCUUCUUUGUUUACUUUUAGACUUUUAGUAUUUAUUGCAUCUUAGAAAAAAUCAAAACAAUUAAAUUUGGGUGAGGAACUAAAAUCCUAAAUGAAAACUAUUUGGGAUUUAAAAAUAUUAUUUAUAUAAUUAAUAUUAUUGGAACAGCUGUGCAAGCAAAGUGCUUCUGAAUUUUACUUUUCUACAUCUACUUUAUCGAAUAUAAAACUUGUUCCUCCUACAAAUUCAGAAGCACAUUGCUGAUGAAGGACCUCUGUCUGAAACGUCCUGUCUCUCUGGAAACUCUGUG